AGGAAAUCAGUGUGAGAGCCACCAAACUCAGGGGCGCAACUUGUGCAGAAUGUCCUUUCGAUCGGUUAAAAGUUUUUUGUCAGUUACUACAGGGGAAAUGAGAGAGUUCGUGUAGUACGAUCGCUUCCAGUUACGUCACGGUCCGGUAGUUCCAUUAUCGUGAUCGACCAGUGGGUCUAUUGUUGCAACGCUGCACAUUUUAUGAAAGAUCUGGCUUCAUCCAUGUUGAACAUGCUCGGCCUCUAACUGCAGUUGUUCCUCGCUUUCCUCAAGAAAUGUGAUAGUAUGGCAGUUGAUCAUUAAGCGAUGGAACAUGAUAAGUAUUUAUGCAAAUUCAGUAGUGCUUGAAGAUUUUAUGGUCUGAAGAGUCGUUGCGGAAGAGGAGCCGUGGACAUCGAUUUUGCGCGGUGGGUGUACGUAACCUUUAAACGAUGUUGAGGCGGACGGCGAUAAGGUGUCGCCAUUGGCAAUACGAGGGCGUCAACCCAGGAAAUGCCUACGAACGAGUUCCAUUUAACCUGUAUUAUUACUAGGCUGUAUUUGCGAUUCGUUGCGUGUAUGAUAGACUUCUGUCCGAUAAGCCAAUGAGCACCUGCUGAUCUUCCAGUGCCGAACGUGAUCUGUGUUUGUCUCGCCGAGGUCAAGAUAACUAGUACUUCUAUUUUUAUGCGCUAGAUUUGUUCAAAAUAUAUGCGAAAAAUUUCCAUCUUUUGAUUGAGAAGAGUUUGAUCGCUCCUGUCAGGCAUAAUGGAGCAGUGGUUGCCCCCAUGUGGCCAAAGAAGGUGUGGGCGUGGGAACAAGCAAAUGGCAGAAAAUUGCGUGGUAGCGGAUUGUGGGGUCCGGAGCAGGAAGAAGUGAUGAAACUGACAUUGUACCAGCCAUCACAUUAUAUUUCCGAAACUGCAUUGCGUGAAGGAUACUUUAUGCUGCUAGUACCCGUUCCUUUAAAAUGAUGAGAAUGAUUCGGGGGACUACUAAAUGAAAGGCGAGGACGAGGAAUAAGUACACAUCUUUAACCGAGCUUUUAUAUUUUCUUAGGUACAACCGGGUCAAGCACAUGAAACCGCAACGCCAAAUGCCAUCUCUAGCUGAGGAACAGGAGGAGUACGAGAUGGAUGUCGCCUGUAUGUGGCUGACGAGUAUCGGCUGUGUUGCUGGUAUGUUCAUGUACAUGCGCGGAUGGUGCGUAAAGUAUCAAUCAGUACACGAUGCUUAUCCAUGGAACACCGCUCGUAUGGACGGCACACGUGGUUCGGGUAACACGCUGUGGUUCUUGGAGUAACUGCUUUUUUGCCUCAGAUUCUGGGAUCAUCGAGUUGUUAUGAUGGUAGGUGUCUGUUUCAGGAUCAGGACUCCUGCUCCUGAGGUGAACAGCCUACUACGUACAGUGGAAGAUUGCGAAAGAUAUCACUACAGAGAAAAUCCCUUACUUGCAACUUUUCGCUCCUUUUUGGACCCUUGCUCCGCGCGCGGGAACCUUAGCAC